UGUACUCACAUGCUUCCAAACAACCACUCUCUUUAUAAUUAAACAAUGGACAGUAAACAUCCUGUAAACCCAAAAUAAAAAUCUGAUACCCAAAUGCCAAUUCUUGAAAUAAAUAAAUUAACUUGGUUGCAUUAAUGAUUGAUUCAACUGUACAGCCACGUAAACUGUAAAGCGUGUCGCCUACUUUAUCCUUCUCCUCUCUCUCACAUUUAUUCUUUAUAUGCUUUGCCACUGAUUUUAUAUUUCCUUUUCAUUCUCCUUUCUGCAAAACAAUCUGACUUCAAACUUGGGUUCUUGGAUCACACCAGGAGAAGAAGAUACAUGUCACUGAAGAAAUUGAUGGAAGAGAAUCAGUUGGAUUUUAAUCAGCCAUUUUUAUCAGUCAGGAGGUUUUCAUCAGAACCUGACGAUAACAAAACGAAAACUGAAAAUGCUUUCUCCAAAGUACCUCCUCUUCCGAAGUAUAAAUCCGAACUGAAAUCAGGUCCGGUCAGAGACCCGGGAACUGUUCCUUUUGUAUGGGAGCGAUCCCCAGGGAGGCCUAAAUAUGAAAGCAAACGUCAAGUCAUGGCCCUCAAACAGCCUCCCGUUGUUCCCAAGCUUCCACCAGGGAGAGUGGUGAAUGUUGAGAGGCAAGCCGGUCAGGCUGAAGCACGAAAUGGCAGUUUGAGCUCUCAUAAUGUUCCAUCUUCCGACAAAAAUGUAAUUAGAGACGGGAGUUCGAGGGCGGGAACAGAGGAGAAUGACACGUCUGGUUCAGAGGAUGAUGACGAGACUUAUGUCGAUGCAGUGGAUACUCUUUCGAGAAGUGAAUCCUUUUUCUACAACUGCAGUAUAAGUGGAGUAAGUGGGUUGGAUGGUCCUGAUAAAAAGCAAUCUGGUACUUUCUCGACAGAUGUACAGACACGGGAUUUCAUGAUGGGUCGGUUCCUACCUGCAGCAAAGGCGAUGACUUCUGAAGCUCCUCAACAUUUCACUAGAAAGCAACCUGUUCCACAAGAACAGCCGAAACAGAUAAAGAAUAUGGCAAGUGUGGAGCAACGGCGGCCAUUCAAUGAAUGCAGACGACAAAAUGUUGCACAAAACAGUUCCCAAUAUAAUGGAGCGGAAGAAACUGAAGAAGAGGAUGAUGAUUAUGACAGACCAGAUAACUCAUCCCUUGGAGUUUGUGGGUUAUUGCCUCGGCUAUGCCUACAAAAUUCCUUUUGUCUUUUGAAUCCUGUACCAGGAAUGAGAAGAAAUUUGAAUGAGAAUGUUAAUGAUGCUAUCAGUAUGCAAAGAUCAAGCGUUGCACGCCAAACAAAGGCGCCACAUCAAGAUAAUAAGGAUGUGAGAAGUGAUUUAAAUAAGAAUGCUUGCAGAAUUGAUAAUCAGAAAUUGAAUGGAUCGUCUCUAUACAAGCGCUUACAGGGUAAUGGAACAUCACCGUUCCGUGAAAAGUUUUCUCAAUCUGUUGUGCAUGAUGAUAAAGGAUUUCUAGGAUUUCCUGAAAAAUCUAAGACUUCUCCAACGAGUGGCUUUAAUGGAUGUGCAAAAGGUGGCAAGAUUUUUCGAGAAUUGUUGGCGAAUGAGUUGGAAUCAGCUUCUGCUAGUUCUGUGGCUGAGAAAACUCUGUAUGUAGAUUCCAUACAAACGGUGGAACUUCAAAAUUCAGAUUCAAACUACGUAAUUGACUACAGAAGAGAUGAUGUCUUAAAAGUCAAGGGAGUUGAAGAAACUGCUUUUGAUGAUUCUUCAGUUCAAGAUAUUAAGCAUACUAAUGCUGUGAGUGAAAAGGCGAAUGUUAUGCCUGAAAGUCUGGAUCGCGGUAUCUCUAGUCUUCUAUCAUCAUCCGAAAGAUCUUCUCAUGAUGAGCAAAAGAUGGAUGAUUCAAGACAUAAUGAUCAAGAUGUCAUGGUCGUUUCUGUCAUACCCGCGAACAGAAAUGUUGAUGGAGAUGGGAACAUUGAUUUAGAAAGUUCUAAUGACUUCAUCGAUAAAGCGUCUGACAAUGGAAAGACCUAUUCCAAAAGCCAACUUACUGGAGAAUUAGGUAACCAAGAAACUUUCAAUGGCUGUUAUUCUCUGCGUCGUCUACCCCUACCAUUGCCGAAAGCUCCUACGGAAUCUUGGCUAAAGCGUACUUUACCUACUGUUUCCUCAAAGAUAACAUCUCUAAGCGCUUCUCCUGGUGUACAUGUAUAUCCAAUAAUUCAGGCUUCCAAAGUGCGAUCCCCUGAUCCAAAGUGGGAAACUAUGGUGAAAACCACUAAUGUACAACACGGGCAUUUGCGCUUUUCUGAGGAAUUACUUACACCAAUACCUGAAGUUUAAACUUGAAAACUCAUUGUCGGUCUAGUGUCGCUCGAGGAUAUUCUCUGCAGGAAUGCGCCCCCCUUAUCGGAGCUUAAGGUUCUGAAAAAUAUGUCAUCUUUGUAUUCUCAGUCUCUUAAGUUGUUCUUCUGCUUUUCUUUUGGAGUUGGUAUAUACACACACAUUAUAAUUGUACAAAAAAUAGGCAAUCAAUUAUUUUCCUAUCAAAAAGGAGUUAUAGUCGGUUACUAUCUUGUAAAUCCUCUGCCAUUUAUCAAGUCAGUUCAUGUAUGUGAUUUUUCUGUAAAGCAAAUACUUAUGUAAUGAAACAUGAAGAGCUAUGAAGCACAGAUACAAAUACGCAAACGGGACGAAUUUCAUUUUCAGACGUGGUAGAAAAGUGUCGGUGCUUCAUAGCCGAAGCGAGAGGUUUUGUAACUGACCUGUUCUGUAUGUUAUGAAUUGAAAUAAGAGUAUUGCUUUCUAGCAAAAGGAUGAUGUAGAUGUCACCAAGAAUUCUUAUGCUAAAAGAAAAUGUUUUUUA